AUGUCGGGUGUUAAUGAGGGCAGCGCAUCGCGCUCAGUCGGUGGUAUUCGUGGUUAUCCAGCUCCAUCAGUACUUAUUGAUCUCACAGACGAUAGUGAUAAGGAUAAGAAGCGCAGUAGAAAUCGUGGUGAGAAGCAUCGGGAGAAAUCCAAGAGAAUUCCCAGGGACAACUCCAGAGAAAUACCCAAGGAGAAAAGUAACAAGUCUUUCAUUGACUUGUGUUCAUCGUCUGAUGAGGAACCUUCUGCGCCGUCAAACUCACAAGCAAAGACGAAGUCAGCCAAAUUGUCAGCGAGCAGUUCAGCAACAUCGGCAGAAAAGCUGCCAGUAAAGACACAAAAGUAUAAAACUGGGGGGACAUAUAGCCUUUCAUCGGACGGAGAAUCUGACGAUGAAUUCCAUAAAAACCUAUCAGAAUCAAUUUCAAAGCAGAGUAGCGGUGAGCGUAGCAAUGAUUUUAUAAAUAGAAGAUCGCAUUCGAGCUUGAAGUCUAAUGGAGCGGGGAUUGCAAGCAACGUUUCUUCUCUACGACAAGAAACUAACUGCACUGCCCGCAAGUCAGUGGUCUCACAUCGAAAGUCUGAUUCGGGAUUAGUUGGUGCACUUGGCUCCGAUUUCAGUCAAAAUAACAACACUUCCACGCUCAGUCCAAUUGAAUCAACGCCAGCAGCAUCAAAAAGUCUCAGAGCCGCAACAAAGCCAACAGUCACUUCCAAUUUUUCCCACGGUAUGGGACAGCAGUCAAGUCUGAAGGCUACUGCGCAGCCAACAUCCGAUCCCUCGAAGCUAGAUUCAAAGAUUGCCAAUGAAAGUAGCACAGGAAGGCUCCCAUUAAGCAACGCUGUUGCACCGCUUCCUUCGGACAGUUUGUCUCUGAGAAAUGACCCUGCUACAAGUAGUGUUCCUACCAGACUGGUGCCUAGAAGAGUUGCAGCGACGAUCAGGCAAUACUCUAGAUCUCCCGAGAUCGAAGAAUCUCCACUUUCUACGAGAAGGUCCACAUCAAGAAUGUCGGACAAGCAAAAUCAAAAUGAUAAUGAUGAAUUUGUAAGUCAAAACAAUCUUGCAGUUCAGAGGGAACUCCAGUUGCGAGAGGAUUUGGGUUUUUUGUGGAAUCUUCAGACGAGAGGAGAAGCUGGGUCUUCUGAAUCAACAGCAAAGCAAGACAAGAGCCCCAGCUCAUUUACAACAAAUGAACUCUCUGAACCCAAUCGUAAAGUAAUGGGAAGAGGCACGGGAAAUGGUGUUGAUAUUCAAAAACUCCGAAAGGGUCCCUAUCAAAAGAAGGGGAAUCAUGGCGGUGCAAGGCGCGGGCCAGCUUGGGAAAAACAGAGAAUCGAAAGAGAGAGCGCUCAGAAUACCGACGAAGAAGUUAUAGGUGAUAACAUUGAUGAUGGUGACGAUGAUGUUCGAUCAAUACUUCAGAAGAGAAUGAAAAGAGGUCAAACAACAAGCAACGUAACUCCGAGGCCUUCAUCUACCCGCUCCAAUCCACCUUCUCUCAGAGUGCAACAAGGGGAGAGGCGCGAACGAUUGGCAUCAUCUAUCCCGAGAUCAAGAGGAAAGUCUCCAGUACUAGAUGCAUCGUCUGACAUGGUAUUGCAAGAGUUAUCCGCAAAGGAGAUCAAAGCAAGUUUGGUAAGACUAGGGGAGAUAGGAAUGGAAGAUUGGGGAUUUAGCCUUGAGCGUCACUUGGAGAAACUACAAUUGCGGCCCCUUGCAGCUUCAAAUAUAUUUUCACAUGAUGAUGACGAGAACCCUUUUGCAUUUUUCACGGCACAAGAUGAAACUUUUGCUGAAGCUAUCAAUCUAAUCACACGGACAUCCAAAAAAGCGAAAACUUCAAAUUCUGUAUGCCCACAAACAAUGGGAGAUGGUGACGUAAAGCGAACGCCGAGCUACACUCAUCACAUCAAUGUCACACGAAAUCAUAUAACAGGAGAUGAUGAUAUCCUGCGGUAUGUUCCAUUGGUUGUUCAGAAUGAAGAGAAAGCUAUGAACAAAUUCGAAAGGGAGUUAAAUACAGCGUACACAGAAAGGCUUGAUAACCCAAGAGUAAAAGAACGAAUAACCCAAAUAAAUAGGCGAGUGGUUGUCGCAUUAAACAAUAUAGGAUUCGACAACAAUUGUGAUAUGGACACGCUCGUUCAAUACUUUUUGGGACAUCAGUCUGAAAAAAUACCAUAUCCCACCAGAGAGAAACAAUUGGUCCUAAAAACACUUGGUGGUCCUCUAUCUGGCCAUUUAUUGAAGAGAAUGGCUAUGGUCGCUGAGGUAUUGGCUGAAUACUUUAAGAUAGAUCUGGAAACUGUGGUCCUGUCUCAGUCCCAGUUCAAAGCUUACAUUGAGAGAUCAACUUCCGAGUUGCACAAACGAUCUGACGAACCAUCAGCUCGACUAGAGACAACGGCCCAAUUUACUUGUUUAAUAUGCCAAGGUGCUGCAUGUACAACGCAUGGUGAGUAUAAUUAUCAAAAGAUCAAUAAGGACAUUCCUAGUGAAGAGAAUUCCUCCGAUAUCGGUUCUCCUCAACAAUCACACUUCAAUAAAUCUGAUUACGAGUACGCGUGGGAGAAAUCUAUCAUGCAUUUGCCGGAUGUCCUACGGAAACAUAACGGCCGAGAUCAUAGUGAUGAGGAUUGGCAUCCGGAGCUUUGGAACACAGACAAAGACAUUGUUGAAGCAUGUAGUGAUGAUUGCUAUAGGGGAUGGAAAGAUUGGAGGAACUAUUCUUGGACUGAAGAGGAAUCAAAUGAGUUGAGAGACGCACUCAUUAUUAAACCGAGUAGGCCAUGCGUUCUUGUGGAGAUUCUCGAAAAGCCCUGCUGGCAGAUUUAUUCCAAAAUACUGGAGCUCGAGGACAAAACCCCUCUGAGCAGGAGCAAGAGUCACCAGCCAAGCGAACGAGUAGAGUGGUACAAUCCCAAAGCUGUACCUCGCAAUCGCGGGCUCAAACCGGGUUGGCAAGAUAGCACCAUGGCGCACUUGCACGAACUACGUUCCCAGCCUGUUCCUUGCGUACACGAAGGGCCCUGUAGUCGGGAGAUGAAAUGUUAUUGCGCUCUCAACAAUCUCCUCUGCGAACAAUUCUGUGGUUGUUCAGAUCGCUGUGAACGACGAUUCGCGGGUUGUUCUUGUCAUUCGACGGGUCUUGCUUGCGCUUCUGAUACAUGCAUUUGUUUUCAAAUGAACCGCGAAUGCGGCGAUCAAUGCAAUACUUGUGGAGCAAUUACUCGAAUACGACCGCAAAGCCGUCAUAAGAACGAACUUUUCCAGUAUGGAUGUCAAAAUAUCGCCUUGCAGCGGGGCGUGAAUAAGAAAUUGAUUCUCGGAAAAUCACCAAUCGAGGGGGCUGGCUUUGGACUUUUCACCGCUGAACCUGUCAAGAAAGGAGAUUUUCUGAGCGAAUACACCGGAGAAUUAAUUUCUGAUAACGAAACCGAACGCAGGGGAGUGGAGUACAAUGCCAAGUUUAUGAGUUUCCUAUUUAGCUUGAAUAAAGAAUGGACGAUAGAUGCCAUGCGGAUGGGCAACAAAACAAGAUUCAUAAACCAUGCGGAAUCAGAAGCCGACGGAAUGAACUGCGCUGCAAAGAUUCUCUUGGUGAAUGGAGAGCAUCGCAUUGCGUUCCGCGCUACUCGUGAUAUUCUCAUUGGGGAAGAACUCCUUUUCGACUACGGACCCAAGUUCGCGGAACUAUACGGCUUGAAUAAGAAAAGCGCAAAGGGAAAAGGAAAGACUCCCAAGUCGAAUAAAGCUACAUUGAAUAGACUGGGUGGAAAUAAUGGGAAAGGCACGGUGCCCGGAACGGUUGCAGCGAAGAGAAAGGGUUGGCAGAAAGGGAGACCGAGGAAAGCGAGUAAGAAGGCGAAGGUUCGUGAAUAUGAGGUUGUGGGACCGUCGGGUGUUGCGUAUCCUGGGGAGGAGGAGAAUGGGGACGGGGAUGGGGAUGAGAUGAUGGGUUCUGAUCGCAAUCGCAAUCGCAGUCUCAACAACGAUGAGAUAGACAAUAUGAUACAAGAUAGCGAUGCGGACGAGGAAAUACCGCGAGCUCCGGAUUCGGAUAUCGACAUGGGAGAUACUGAAGAAGAAAGUGAGGAUAAAGAUAGCGAUGGCAAUAGCAUCGAAGACACACCAGAUUUCGCAGUGAGAAGAACAGCACGGCGAGCAAAGAUUCCAUUGAGGUAUACGCGAUGA